UCCUGGGUCCCGCCUCUGCUCAAGGCGAACCCUAUAAAAUCUUGGCCGAAUGGGGUUUCUCCUGCGGGCCUGGGCUUGGUCAGGCUCUUGAGCAUCUAGCCUAUCUCUAGUCGUCGUGUGGCGAGCGAGAAUCAUGGCCCAAGAGCUGUACCACCCGGAGUUUGCCCGGGCAGGCAAGAAGGCAGGGCUGCAGGUAUGGAGGAUUGAGAAGCUGGAGCUGGUGCCGGUGCCCGAGAGCGCCUACGGCGACUUCUACGUCGGGGACGCCUACCUGGUGCUGCACACCGCCCGGGCGAGCCGGGGCUUCACCUACCGCUUGCACUUCUGGCUGGGAAGAGAAUGCUCCCAGGACGAAAGCACAGCAGCUGCCAUCUUCACCGUCCAGAUGGAUGACUAUUUGGGUGGCAAGCCAGUGCAGAACAGAGAACUCCAAGAUUAUGAGUCUACUGAUUUUGUGGGCUAUUUCAAAGGAGGUCUGAAGUACAAGGCUGGUGGUGUGGCAUCUGGACUGAACCAUGUUAUCACCAAUGACCUAUCAGCUAAGAGGCUCCUACACGUGAAGGGACGGAGAGUGGUCAGGGCCACGGAGGUUCCUCUCAGCUGGGACAGUUUCAACAAGGGCGACUGCUUCAUCAUAGACCUUGGCACUGAAAUUUACCAGUGGUGUGGUUCCUCGUGCAAUAAAUAUGAACGUCUGAAAGCAAGCCAGGUUGCCAUUGGUAUUAGGGACAAUGAACGAAAAGGACGAUCCCAACUCAUUGUGGUGGAAGAAGGAAGUGAGCCAUCGGAGCUUAUAGAGGUUUUAGGGGGCAAGCCAGCGCUUCCGGAUGGAGACAGCGAUGAUGACACCACAGCAGACAUAACUAACAGGAGGAUGGCGAAGCUGUACAUGGUUUCAGAUGCGAGUGGCUCCAUGAGUGUGAGCAUGGUGGCUGAGGAAAACCCCUUCUCAAUGGCUAUGCUGCUUUCUGAAGAAUGCUUUAUUUUGGAUCAUGGUGCUGCAAAACAAAUUUUUGUAUGGAAAGGUAAAGAUGCUAAUCCCCAGGAGAGGAAGGCUGCAAUGAAGACAGCAGAAGACUUUCUACAGCAAAUGAAUUAUUCCACCAAUACCCAAAUACAGGUUCUUCCAGAAGGAGGUGAAACACCCAUCUUCAAACAGUUCUUUCACGACUGGAAAGAUAAAGAUCAGAGCGUAGGCUUUGGGAAAGUUUAUGUCACGGAGAAAGUGGCUCAAAUACAACAAAUUCCGUUUGAUGCCUCCAAACUGCACACGUCCCCACAGAUGGCAGCACAGCACAACAUGGUGGACGAUGGUUCUGGCAAAGUGGAGAUUUGGCGUGUGGAAAACAAUGGUAGGGUCCAAAUUGACCAAAAUUCCUAUGGUGAAUUCUAUGGUGGUGACUGUUACAUUAUCCUCUACACUUACCCCAGAGGGCAGAUUAUCUACACAUGGCAAGGAGCCAAUGCCACCAGAGAUGAGCUGACCACGUCCGCGUUCCUAACUGUUCAGUUGGAUCGGUCCCUGGGAGGACAGGCUGUGCAGGUCAGAGUUUCCCAAGGCAAAGAACCUACUCACUUGCUAAGCUUGUUCAAAGACAAACCACUCAUUAUUUACAAGAACGGAACAUCAAAGAAGGGUGGGCAAGCACCUGCUUCCCCGACACGCCUCUUCCAAGUACGGAGAAACCUGGCAUCCAUCACCAGAAUUGUGGAGGUUGAUGUGGAUGCAAGUUCAUUGAAUUCCAAUGAUGUCUUCGUCUUAAAACUGCCUCACAACAGUGGAUACAUCUGGACAGGAAAAGGUGCCAGCCAGGAGGAGGCCAAAGGCUCAGAGUAUGUGGCAAAUGUGCUCAAAUGCAAAGUGGCAAGAAUUCAGGAAGGCAAAGAGCCAGAGGAGUUCUGGAGCUCUCUUGGUGGGAAGAAGGACUACCAGACCUCACCACUGCUGGAGACACAGGCCCAAGACCAUCCGCCUCGGCUCUAUGGCUGCUCCAACAAAACAGGAAGAUUCAUUAUUGAAGAGGUCCCAGGAGAGUUCUCCCAGGAUGAUUUAGCAGAAGAUGAUGUCAUGUUACUAGAUGCUUGGGAACAGAUAUUUAUUUGGAUUGGCAAAGAUGCCAAUGAAGUUGAGAAGAAAGAGUCACUGAAAUCUGCCAAAACAUACCUUGAGACAGACCCUUCAGGACGAGAUAAGAGGACACCUAUUACCAUCAUCAAGCAGGGCCAUGAGCCUCCCACAUUCACGGGCUGGUUCCUGGGCUGGGAUUCCAGCAGGUGGUAAUCUGAUUUUU